AUGAUUGAACGUUUUGGGCAUCUAAAGCGAGAGUUGGCUAGGCAUGGGAUUGUGUUUACUCAAGAAGAGCUUGUAGACAAGUUAUUUGAUUCUUUGCCAGACGAAAUGGAUUGGCAAUACUUCGCAAUGAUGAUCAAGAAUACAAUCCAGCCAAAUGUUCUUACAGUUGAUUUGCUGAUAGAGAAACUUGAGAGUCAUGAGCUCGAAAUAAAGAAAACACAUAAAGUCAAUCACUCGUUAUAUCAACAAAAUGUGGAACUUUAUUAUCCAAAGAGCUUGAUUCAAAAGACAGGAUCUCCAGAAACAGCCUUCACUGCAGAAAGUCACUUUAAACGAGAGUGCAAAAACGAGUAUGCUGAUGAGUCUGCUAAUCCGUUCCGAGAAGAUUACUAUAAGAAAGCCAUUUACCAUCAGAACAAAUCAGAACCUCCAAGGCUGAAGCAGAUUGAAGAAAAAGAUAAAGAAAAGUCAAGAGCUCUAGCAGUCAUUCAUGAUGAUGAGGGAUACGACUGGAGCGAGAUAUUGCCUGAAGAAGAUGCAGUUGGUUACGCAUUCGCAGCAGGAAAGAUUGUUCCGUUCAAGGAUACAAGAACAGAAGAAAAAAAGUUUGUGAACAGAAGAAUGAAAGCACAAACAAAACAAUAUGCUGAAGAAGAGGAAGCUAGACAAAGAGAAUGGUGGGGUGAAAGUGAAAAGAAAGAAGAAAGGGUGAAAUUGGCAGAAAAGAAGAUCGAUGAUGGAUUGAUAGAUACAUCAAAGGAGCUCACAGCCGAAAAUCUGAUGAAGAUGGCAGACAAAGUUCUAGCGGCAAAAGAACUGGAGGUAGAUUCUAGUUCUGGAACUGAGUCAAACGGCAAGGGACGAGGAAAAGAAAAGGACAAGGGUCAUAAUAUACCUUGUGCACUCGAUACUGAAUCGGCAGCUGGUACUGUUGUAGAAAAGAUGGCAACUUUCUUGACAGAGAGUAGAAUUGCUAAAGCGAUGUCUGAUAAAACUGUGGUGUAUGAAUCACAUGUUAGAGCAUUCUGGGAUACAGCAAGGUUUGAUGAAUCAGAUAAAAAGAUUCAUGCUGUAUUAAGAAAUAAGGACAAAAAUGGAAAAGAUAUAGAUGUUGAAAUUGAAUUCAGUGUUGCAGAUGUUAGAAGUGUUCUUGAUCUACAAGAUUCUGAUGAUGAUCCGACAAUUAUGUCAGAACGUCUUGUAAAAGGUUUGUGGUGCAGAAUGGGUUUCACGGGGUACAUAAAUGGAAAGAUGUAUAAAAGAUGUUUCUCCAAAGCAUAUCGGUACUUGAUGCAUUGUAUGGUGCAUUCGUUGGGUCAUAGAAAGGGUGCUUAUGAUGAGGUUGCUGAUUAUAUCAUGAACAUCAUAGCAAGCUUGGUGUUGAACAGAAAAUACAACAUUUCUCAAAUAAUUUUUGAGUAUAUGAAGGAAAAUUGCCAAGCUGGAGGAGACAAAUACAUCAUUGAUUCAGACAAUGAAGACUCAAAGAUGAAUGAGUUGGUUGAGAAAAAGACUAGGUGGUGGUUCGUUAGAGAUGGAAAAAGGAAAAGGACACCUAAGUCAUCCCCUGCGGUUGUUAUUCUGAAAGAUGGAGAAAAGGGGUCUUCUGGAGAGCCGCAGCAGAAGCUAGUGGAUGAGACAGUUGUAGAGCCAUCUGUGGUGAUUGAACAAGGUACUGAGUUGUUAAAGCAAACUUUGGAAAGCUAUUUGAAAAAGAACGAAGAGAUUGCAGCACAACAAGCUCAUGGAACAAGUGUUCAUGCUGAAAAGGUUACAAGGGUUGAACCAGAAACAAAAGAUCAAAGUGGUUCAAGUGAUGGAGAUUCUGAAGCUACUCAAUCUGAGUCUGAACUAAUUCCUGAAACUCUUGGUAGAGGAAAAGCUCACUUGAAGAAAAGACCUUCAAAGAAACUAAAGGGAUCUGAUGAAGAAGAUUCUCCGUAUGAUCCUGAAAAGUCAAAGAAGCAAAGAAAGAAACGAAAGGCAGCUCCAGUUGGUGUAAUUCCAAGAAAUGUCCGAUCAAAGAAAUCAGGAGCUGAGUCACAGAAGGAUAAAGAAGGAAAGAAAGUUCAACAUGUGCAGAAAGAAAAGUCUCCAAGUGUUGAUGUUCCAAAAGAACCAGAGAUAAAAACAAAAGAAGUUCCAGUUGUUGAAACAGAAAAGAAGACAGGUGAUGACGAUUAUGUCGAGAUCACAGGCUUCAAAGCUGCCACUCCUAAAUCUGCUCAACAAGAUAUUCCUGGUUCAUCACAUCAGAAAGAAGAAGAUUUCAAUUUUGAUUUUGAUAAUAUUGGUCCUGCUACUGGUAUUUUCUCAGAAGAUCUUCCAGGAGAAAGCGAUAUGUUCAAUGAUAAAGCUGUCAAAGAGCUAAUUCAAAGAGUUAACAAGUUGGAGAAAGAAAAAGGCAAAGCUGAGGAGGAACGUGAUAUGCUGAGAAGUCAAAUUGAUGAUUUGAUGGAAGCUCACAAUAAAAUAGUUGUAGCAUUGGUUGAAAAGGAGAAAAGAAUGAACCAAAUGAAGGAUGAUGUCGAGGGUAAUUCUAAAGUGUUUGAUUCGUUAACACAUGAGAUAUCUUCUUUGAAUGCCAAGAUAAAGGAUCUGGAGAAUGUGAACCAAACAUUAAAUCAGCUUCUCAAUGAGAUGAGUGAAGCUUCUUCUAAUGAAAUGAAGGCAAUGAAGUUAGAGAUGGAAGCUAUGAAAGCUGAUAAAGUAAUGAAAGAUAAACAACUUCAGAUGUUGGUUGCUGUAGUUGAAAGUCACUUAAAGUUGAACAUUCAUGCUGCUUUUGACGAAAUUGAUGUGAUAAGAGCAAAUGAAAGGAGAUUGGAACGUGAACGUCAAAUGGCUGAAGAAGCAAACCUAAAGAACAAAGGAAUAGUUGAAGAGGUUGAGGUAGUUGAUGCAUCUUCGAGUCAACCAGAUGUUGGAGGUUCUUCUUCGCAACCAGAUGUUGAAAUAAUUGAAGUGGUUGAGGAACAAGAACAAGAAGUUGUUGAAGAUGAUCAAGAGAUGGUUGAAGCUGAAGCUGAAGAACCUAAUGAACUAGAAUAUUUGAUUGUUGGUGAGCCCAUUGAGCCUAUUAUUGUUGAAAAUGUUCUUCGAAGAGUUGAAAUUAUUCAAAGAAGAAGAAGAGCAAGGGAAGUACUAUUGCUGGAGUAUACAACUGACAAAUUUGUGUUAGUUGGCGAUGCUUACCCUGUGCCAUACAAUUCAAAAGAAGUGGCAAAGUUGUUAAAGUUUCUUGAUCGAAAAAGGAAGGGAAGGAUAGCUCGUGGUGAGAUUUUGGAUGAAGAAUCUGAUAUAGAAAUGUUUGGAGAUGAAGAAGAGGAGGAUGAAGAUAAGGAAGAUGAAGAAAAUGAAGAUAAAUCAGAUGAUAAAGAUGAUGUCAAAUCUGAUAAAGAUGACAAAGACGAUGACGACAAUGAUCAAGGUGCUUCGGGUUUAUUAAUCAGAGAUCCAAAUGUUCAAGAAAGAGUGGAUGAGUUGAUGAAUAAUGAAAUAAAUGAGCAGGAGGAUGAAGUUGAAUAUGAAGCAUCAUCGUCUGGAAAACAACCUGUUGAUCAGGUACUUCUUUCUAACCCUAUUGUCAUUUAUUUAUCUGGUAAACAACAAGGAGAGGUAGAGGUUAGAAGAACACGGGCUGAAAUGCUAGAGGAAUUGGGCUUGGAAGAUGGAAAAUUUAAAUUCGACAUUGAAGAUGAAAUUCCUCAUUCACCUGCAAAAGAUUUUGAGCCUAGAUACCCUCAUGAAGCUGAUCAUUAUGAUGAAGUGAUUGUUGAAAGCGCGUCUGAUUCAGAGGAAGAGAGGGUAGAUUUUCAUUAUGAAGGGGAAGAUGUUGCAUUCCCUACGUUUACUGAAAUGUUUCAAGAUAAGAAUGAAGAUGGCUAA